AUGGUUGACAUAGAAAGCAAAAGGGGACAUAAGGUCUCAGUGCUGUUAAUGCUUGAUAUUAAAGGAGCAAUGGACAUCUUAGUCAAGAAAAGACAAGAGGCCAACAUCAAUACAAACAACAAAUUUUUCUUUGCCCGCCCGUCUGAAGACUCAUUGAAUCACAUUCGCCACUGGGACUGCCUGAGAAAACAAUGUACUGGGCUUAAAUUAAAACAACCUGAUUUGAUAACAAGUACCCACCUUAGAAAGUAUGUUGCAACGGUUUCCCAAGUGUUAGACCUCCAAGAAAAAGAGUUAGAUUGGCUGGCAAGACACAUGGGACAUGAUAUCAGAGUACACAGGGAAUAUUAUAGACUCCACGAGUCAACCCUGGAGCUAGCUAAAGUCGGCAAAAUAUUGGCACUAAUGGACUGCCUGAGAAAACAAUGUACUGGGCUUAAAUUGGCACUAAUGGAUGAGGAAAACAUCAGUCAAGCCAUUGGGAAAUCUUUAAAUGACAUUGACAUUCCGGGUGGCAAGAAAGAGCAAAUUUAGAGGGAAGUUCAUGACCAACAAAACAGAUUUUUUUCCAGGCGCACUAACUAUACAGAAACAUAACAAAAGAACAGCACUUUAUGUACCAGUCAAAAAAAACUAUUUUCACCGUUAAACUACUUAUAUAAGUAAUUAUAUAAGUAACCUUUUUUCUGACGUAAAAACUAAUUUUGCUGAGGAAAAAUUAUGACACCGACUAAACGUUUUCUCCAGUUUGCAUAUAUUAUUUGUUUAAGUGUUCUGUACGGCAUGUUUUAGUAAGACUUUUUCCUUCAGCAAAACAUUUUUUUUUUGGCACAACUAAAAGACAACCCUCACAAAUGCUGAAUUCAGGGCUAACAUUGAUGCCUGCACUUAUUAUACCACAAAAAAUGUAAAAAAAAACCUCCGCCUUAAUGGUCUUAAGGGAUUUGGCAGCUUACAACAAACAAAUCCAUGUCACUUUUCAACUACACUACAUUCAUUAUUAUGCCUGGCAUAGGAGGUUAACUCUACAAUGUUAAACCUACGAUCGCCAAGGCAAACAGUGAUCAAACAACAAAUAGAAAAUAUGCCUAGCAAAAGAGCUUAACAUCACAAGUUAUUUCUCGAAAGCCAUUAGGCAAACAGAAAGCAUUAAUUAUUAGAAAAUAAUACUACACAUAUAAGGGGAAAAAACAACUACAAAAACUGGGUUUAUGACAAAAAGAAUUCCUGUUUUAACUGUCCCAAGCUGUAUCCUAAGAUAGGACAUCAAGCACAAAUUCAGUGCCCAAAAGUUGCCCUAGCAAAAAUGAAAUCAGAUGAGGUAACAAUUAUUGCUGCAAGAAAUGAUGAUCUCAUCUGCAAGUAUGGUAGCAUCAUUGCAGAGAGACAUGGGCAAGACAACCUUCACCUGUCGUCACAAGGGAUUCGACAGCUUUCAAGGCUGCUGAUACAGCUCAGAACCAACAACUCCAUGGGGAUUCACCUCAAAGACUUUCUAAAGCCAGAGUAUUUUGACCACAUUGUGGCUUGAGUUAAGACCCUUUGCAACUUUGAGGAAUCAUCAGCAAAGUCAGUCGGAAUACCAUCCCUUGCACUGAAGUUAGGCCAUGCCAUAAAUAAGUGCAUCACCAUCCAAAGAGGUAAGGCUUUGAGAGAAAAAGACCAGGUGCCGCUACAAGACAUGGACAAUCUCGAAAAGCUUAUGGGAUCUGAAUGGAGCGAUAGCAUUUCAUAUCACUCACUAGGAACACUCUACAAGAGGAAAUUUAACAAGCCAGAUCUGCUUCCAGUUACAGAAGACUUGGAGGUGUUGAGAAAGCAUCUCCUUCAAAAGAUUGUCACUUGCACAGAGACCUUAAAAGCUGCACCAACAAUACAGAAUUGGAGUGAGUUAGCUGAAACAACCCUUUGCCGGGUGAUAACAUUCAAUAAACGACCAGGUGGUGAAGUUUCAAAGAUGCUGUUGAGUUCAUUUGUAGAAAGGCCAGACUGGAAGAAAACAGCAACAAAAUGAAUUGAAGAUUGUCUAGAGCCAAUUGAGAAGGAACUGUGUAAGAGGUAUAAAGUACAUGUAAUAACACAUUCAGUCAUUUCACUAUCAAUACACACAAAAAAAAAUUGCAGACAUCUUGGAAUACAUGCACUGUGAUAUAAGAUACACUUCCAAAUCUGUCACCAGACGCUAGGCCAGAAACAUAACAAAAGAACAGCACUUUAAGUACCAGUACAAAACAACUAUUUUCACCCUUGAACUACUAUAAGAAACCUUAGCUUUUUUUGAUUUGAAACUGAUUUUGCUGAGGGAAAAUUAUCACACUGACUAAAAGUUUUCUCCAGUUUACAUAUAUCAUUUGUUUAAGUUUGCUGUUAUAGUAAGACUUUUUCCUUGAGCAAAACAUUUUUUUGGCAUAACUUAAAGACCACCCUCACAAAUAGUUGCAGGCAUCAAGGGUAGCUGUGAAUUUCAAAAUUAAAUUAGCCUUGAAAAUAUUCUCAUUAUUAAACAGAUCACCUGCCUUGUUAGUUUGAAUAUGCACUGCUCUCAACUCAGUCAGGGCCACAUACAACCAUUUAAGUUACUUUUGUUAAGCAUGGCCUGUAUAUUAACUAAAUACUUCAAAACAAAAGGCCACCUUCACGUUUGCUACUUUUUUAAAGAGAG